UCACACCAAGUAUACAAAAAUAAAACUUAACUGUUCUGCCAUUCUCCAUUCCCAUAACCAUAUAAGCCAAGAUGAAUACCCGAGAAGAAGUAGGUGAAUUCUCUAAACUCUACAAUGGUUUCAUGACUGUAAUGAGGAGAUUCAUAUUCAAAGUUCUAUGCGUCGGUCCAAUACCUAAUCACAUCUCAUUCAUAAUGGAUGGAAACCGCAGAUUCGCCAAGAAACACAAUCUUCAAGACCUAGACGCAGGACACAGAGCUGGUUUUGUAUCCGUAACACAUGUUCUUCAGUACUGCCAAGAGAUUGAAGUACCGUACGUCACACUCUACGCCUUUGGACACGAUAAUUUCAGGAGAGAACCUGAAGAAGUCAAGUGUGUGAUGGAUCUGAUGCUGGAGAAAAUCGAGCUCACAAUCGACCAAGCUAUCUCCGGAAAUCUAAACAAAUUGAAAGUGAUCUUUAUUGGUGAUUUGAAUAUGUUAAACGAGCGUCUUAAAGCCGCAGCGCAGAGACUGAUGGAAGUUACUGAGGAGAAUAAAGGUUUAAUGGUUGUGGUUUGCGUUGCUUACAGCACAAGUCACGAGAUUGUUCACGCUAUUAGAGAAUCUUGUGUGAGGAAGUGUGGUGAUGGAGAUAGUCCUCAGGUUUUGGAGGUGAGUGAUAUUGAAGAGUGUAUGUAUACAUCAAUUGUUCCUGAUCCUGCUCUUGUAAUAAGAACAGGAGGACGAGAUCGGCUGAGUAACUUCAUGACUUGGCAGACUUCAAGGUCUCUCCUUCAUACCACGGCUGCUCUUUGGCCGGAGCUAGGUCUUUGGCAUUUGGUUUGGGCUAUUCUUAAAUUCCAGAGGAUGCAAAAUUACUUGCAGAAGAAGCAAAAACUCGACUAAAUAGGUUUAACUUAAAUACCAGCAUGGUCGGACAGAUUUAUGAGGACAUAAAACAUAUUAAAUUAAUUAUUAAUAAAAUUUGUUUUUAUAAAGUAGAUGCAUAGAGAACCUAUGUAUUCAUUUUUAAAAUUUUGGGACUAGGAAGAAUGUGUCAUUAUGCUUUGUCCAAAACCGGUCCUAACAUGAACUCUUAACACUUAUGUUGGAGUUACAUGUUUCUUGUGGC